AGGACUGAUCUGCAAGAAAUGAAGGUUAUACUGAAGGUUCCAUGUCUAUCUUCACUAAGGAGGUCUGUUCUGGGGUCAGCAAAUCCUUAUCUGAUGACAGUGAGAAAGGUUUCUGCAAGCCCAUUCCAGCUGCUGCCACACACUGGUAGAAAUAGAAUCUUGCUGUCAGCCUUCUGUGUUACAAAGGAAUCGUAUUUCUGCCAAAGGUGGAUACCUUCAUACAAUAGCAUUUUUCUGCACAGAAGAGGAUACAGCAAAAGCGAGAAGCUAUCACUUACUGAUGUGGCAGACAGGAUCAAGCAGGGGGUACACAAGCGUAUUGUGGUGAUGGUGGGUGCUGGUAUCAGCACUGACAGUGGGAUCCCAGAUUUCAGGUCUCCAACCAGCGGCCUCUACAGCAAACUGCAGGAAUAUAAUCUGCCAUACCCUGAAGCUAUAUUUGAUUUAAGCUACUUCUUGCGUGAGCCUCAUGCCUUCCUGCGUCUUUCUAAGGAACUGCUACCUGGACGGCACCUUCCCAAUCCAGCACAUUAUUUUCUGCGGCUCCUAAAUGACAAAGGGUUACUGUUACGUCUCUACACACAAAACAUAGAUGGAUUGGAAAGAGUGGCUGGGAUUCCAGUAGACAAAUUGGUGGAAGCUCACGGUUCUUUUUCAUCAGCCACAUGUACCAUGUGCCUGAAAGAAUACCCAGGCAAGGCCUUUCGUGAUGCUGUGCUGGAGUCUCAAGUCCCUCGCUGUUCUGCAUGUGGUGGUCUCAUCAAACCUGAUAUUAUAUUUUUUGGAGAACAGCUACCCGCUCGUUUCUUCUUGCAUCUCACCGACUUCCCCAGGGCAGACCUUCUAAUUGUCAUGGGCACCUCUCUAGAGGUGGAACCAUUUGCCAGUUUGGUGUAUGCAGUCAGUCGUUCCACUCCACGAGUCCUAAUAAAUCGAGAUAAUGUCGGCCCAUUUGUGGACACUUCAGAUGGACUAAAUAUAGUGGAGCUUGGAGAUGUCACCAGUGGAGUGAAGCAUUUUGUACAACUGUUAGGCUGGGAGCGUGAACUUGAGGAGCUAGAGAAAAGUGGCAAGGUAAUGUAA